AUGAGUAACAUUUGUCGAUUUUGUUUCUUUGAAUGUAACCACGAAAUGCAAGAAUUAACAGAGGGAAAUAAAAUUUGUCUUAGGAUACAGUCAUGCAUUGGUUUAAAGAUUGAACCACUGAAAGAGCCACUACCAACAAAAAUAUGCAAAACUUGUUCAGAAAAAGUUGAUGAAUUGUAUGAUUUUCACAGAAGAAUAACUGAAAGUGAAAACAUACUAUUACAUUAUUUGUAUGAAAGCAAAAUAGAUCUUGAUGAAUUAUAUUUUAAACUAAAAAAUAGUAAAUUAAAAGAUGAAACUAAUGUUCAAUAUGAUGUGAAUGAAAAUACUAAAUGUUUGAUGGAUGAAGUAAAAUUAGAGGAUAAAAGUGAAAUAAAUGAUGACUCUAUUUCAAAUGAUGAACCUCUAAAUUUUGAAAUAAGUCCUUUAAAUGAUAUAACAUUAGAUGAAAAAAAAUAUACAGCAGAGAUAAAUGAGAAUCCGGAGUUAAUCACACAAUUUAAAUGCCUCACUUGCUUUAAAACAUUUGAAUAUCAAAAUUUACUCCUAUCGCAUUAUAAUAUGGAACAUAACAAGAAGAAUAAAGGUAGAAACAUAAAAGAUAACUUUAAAAUAAUAUCAUCUUCUAAUGGUACUUUGAUGUUUGGUUGUACUGAAUGUAAUAAGGAGUAUGAAAAUAAAAAAUCUGUUAUUCGUCAUUUGAGGGCACAUGUAAAUGAGAGACCAUUUAUUUGUAAAUUAUGUGGUAGAACAUAUAAAACUGCUUCAGAAAUUGUUCGUCAUAGCAGAGCUCAUAAUGGUACAAGGCUCUUCUGUAGUCAGCAAUGUGGUUAUAGUACUGUUUACCUUGGAGCAUUGAAGGAACACGAGAAAAGACACAACAAGACUGAAUUUAAGUACAAGUGUGAGAAGUGUGACAAAGGUUUUCAAGUGAAAACAUGGUAUGAACAACACCAGAAUGUACAUACAGGAUCUAAGCCGUUUGUUUGUGAUAUUUGUGGAGCAACAUUUCACAUGGACAGGGAAUCAAACAUCGUCAUCCACACGCUUGCGAGUGAUUUAGUGUGUUCUGAAGAGCCAAGCAUAACGGACGUGAUGGAUAUUAAGGAACACGGCAUAAACUCUUAUAUCUUAUGCGAUUUAUGUGGGAAGACUUUGGUAAACAAUGAACAGUUGAAGUUACAUAAAAGAAUGCACCUAGGGGACAAGCCUUUUACGUGCAGCACUUGCAACAAGUCAUUCACAAAGAAGUUUAAUCUGCAGUUGCAUGAGCGAUCACACACCGGACUGAAAUCAUACACUUGCAUCCAAUGUGGGAAACAUUAUAGCCAACAGAGUACACUUAGAAGGCAUAUGCAAAGAUGGUUUAUAUGUCUGUAUGCAGUUCGUAUCUUUAACGUGGAGAGGAGUUAUAAGGAUGACGACAGGGCAAAAAAAGAAAUUCUAUUUAAUCCGUUAGUCAGGCACCAUUCGACAGAGCAGCUAAAGUGUCACAAAUGUAUAAAAACCUUCUCAUCUCAUCAUCAAUAUAUUUCGCACAAACGAUUCUGUAUUUGA